GUCUUCUAGGCCGCUUGUGCAUCCUCUUGAAGCCUCGCUACACAUCACAAACUUAGCGUUAUUUAGGUUUGUUGCCACAGUCGGCCCUCCUCCCGGCAGGAUGCCCGCGGGUUUCUUCACGACCCACUACGCUUCAGGUUGCAGAUGUUGGACGAAACACAUACUUUUCAGACCGUUGCUUUGUUUUGCCUGCUAUCUCCAGCAUAUUUUCGUGCUAUAAAGUUCUUCUCCUGUCUGCUCCUUUUUUUGUCCCCUGGACACGCCGUCCCCUGAGGUACGUGGCGGCGCAAAAGACCAGAGGGGCCCGCCCCCCCGUCUCCGUACUCUUCGAUCUUCUUCCUUGCGGCUGUCACCAGAGCGCGGCAAAGAGAGUCUUUCUGCUUUUCUCUUCGCAAAAAAUCGUCUACGUUCAUGGAAGGCAUUUCUCUUGUCUCACAUUUUUUCCCGUCGUGGUCAAACGCGCAGACGAGAAGAAUCCGCGCACGAUGACGCCGCGCUCAGACGGUUGCCGUCUGCCGGCGGGAGGGAAUCCAGACUCUUAGUUGUAUCUUUGCAGGGCGUGACGAUGUCCAAGCUCGAGAAAACACAGGACCGUCAACACUCUGUACGCGAUAGACGUCAGCUAACAAUAACAGUGAGGCGGGGGCCGGGACGCAGCUGUGGAGGGACAUCCUCCCAGUCACCUGCUCACACUUGGGCAACUUGGGCACAGUCCAUUCUGGAACAACUUCGCUCCGCUGAAAAAAUGGAAAGAGUCUUUUCGUCGGAGGAAAAGCGACAGAAGAUGUCUAUGGGAAAGUUUCUGGGUCGCGCCUCAAACACCUUUAACAGAGGUCUGUAUAACUGGUGGGUUCGCCUGUCGCAACUACUGGCCGUUGCUGCGUUCGUCACCACGCUCGACGUGGACGUGCAGAACUCUCUCACUGAAGAACCCUCUUGUUUUCCAGCUUUCACUUGGGUCAUCGCUGCAGACCGCGACUCUCCUUUCCCCCCUUCAGAAGUUCAAGGACCCCCUUUCGUCCGUCCCAGCGUACGUGAAUUCCGGCUGGUUCACCGUGACGAGGCACCCUUCGCCGUGGGAUUUAUAAAGUGUAGCUUUCGCUUGGUGACGCCUGUGACUAGUGAUUCCUCUAACCUUUUGUAUCUUCUAGGGGGGUGUUGAACACAGUCAAACCGACGAAGUUGUUUUGCGUUGUCCGGACGCGGCAGUCACUUCAUAGGCUGCGGCGAGAUGCCCGCGACUUCAGCUUCAUCUAUUUACUCGCGAAUGCACAUACCUUUGCAUGCUGUAGAGGGUGAAGUUCACGGGUGAUCUACCCAAGUGCCCUUUGGUGGCCACCAACUGUAGGCUGUCUUAACUUGUUUCGAAAAGAGGCCCAUUCACUGAAGCGACGUGCGUAUCGUUUCACAUUCCGCCUGACUCAACCGUCCUACCUACCUGUCCAUACCUGUGUGUGCCUGUGUGCUCUACCUCGUGGCGUGGAUAUAAUUUCGUUCACGACGCCACGGUGCUAAUCGACCAUCUAUAUAAAAUUAUCAGAUGCAUACAUAGACCGGGCAAGGGGACGCUUCGUUGCCGUUUCAAGACAUCUGAGA